GGCCCCGGGCGACAAGCUUUAGGGUCGGUUGGCCUUUGCCGUCGAAGGUGUGCCCUGGGAUUGCCUCGCCGUCGCUGCCGUCCUGUCCUUGCGCCCUCCGCCUUGGCCCAGGCCCAACCGCUCUCCCUGCCCUCCUCCCCUCAACUCCCCGACCCCGCUUUCUGCCGUUCGGGCGCUGGGGCCGGGCUAAUGAUGCCGUCGGAGAGCGGAACCGAGAGCCGGGACCAGGCGGCUGCACAGGUGGGGACGGCUACGGCUUCGGCGGUGGCUACGGCUGCCCCGAUAGGCGGCGGCCCCGACCCAGAGGCCUCAUCUACCUCCCUCGGACGUCACCUGAGUAGGCUGGCCUGGCCGCAGGUGAAGAGGCUGGAUGCGCUCCUGAGCGAGCCGAUUCCCAUUCACGGGCGCGGCAACUUCCCCACGCUGAGCGUGCAGCCCCGACAGAUCGUGCAGGCGGUCCGCAGCAGCCUGGAGGAGCAGGGACUGCGCGUGCACAGUGUGCGGCUGCACGGCUCGGCCGCCAGCCACGUACUGCAUCCCGAGAGUGGCCUGGGCUACAAGGACCUAGACUUGGUGUUCCGCGUGGACCUGCGCAGUGAGGCGUCCUUCCAGCUGACCAAGGAGGUAGUACUGGCCUGCUUGCUGGACUUCCUGCCCGCAGGCGUGAGCCGGGCCAAGAUCACGCCCCUGACCCUCAAGGAGGCGUACGUGCAGAAGCUGGUGAAAGUGUGCACGGACACGGACCGCUGGAGCCUCAUCUCGUUGUCCAACAAGAGCGGCAAGAACGUGGAGCUCAAGUUCGUGGACUCCGUUCGGCGCCAGUUCGAGUUCAGUGUAGACUCCUUCCAGAUCCUCCUGGACUCCCUGCUGCUCUUCGGCCAGUGCUCCUCCACGCCCAUGUCCGAGGCCUUCCACCCCACCGUGACAGGCGAGAGCCUGUACGGGGACUUCGCCGAGGCCCUGGCCCACCUGCGGCACCGAGUCAUCGCCACGCGCAGCCCGGAGGAGAUCCGCGGGGGCGGCCUCCUCAAGUACUGCCACCUGCUGGUGCGGGGCUUCAGGCCACGGCCCAGCACCGACGUGGGCGCCCUGCAGCGCUACAUGUGCUCACGCUUCUUCAUAGACUUCCCGGACCUGGUGGAGCAGCAGCGCACGCUGGAGCGCUACCUGGAGGCCCACUUCAGCGGGGCCGACUCCGUGCGCCGCUACGCCUGCCUGGUGACGCUGCACCGCGUGGUCAAUGAGAGCACCGUGUGCCUCAUGAGCCACGAGCGCCGCCAGACCCUGGACCUCAUCGCCACGCUGGCGCUCCAGGCACUGGCCGAGCAGGGCCCUGCCGCCGCGGCCGCCCUGGCCUGGCGCUCCCCAGGCCCCGAUGGGAUCGUGCCCACCACUGUCAAUUACUACGUGACCCCAAUACAGCCUCUGCUGGCCCGGGCCCAUGCCUCCUAUCCCACCUGGCUGCCUUGUAACUGACUCGGACCCUGGCCAGAAAGGGCUAGGCCUCCCUGCAUGGAGCAGGGCCUCCAGGAGGGCGUGGAGGACAUGACCAGAGACAGGCAACCGGGACCAGGUGGCCCAGCACUGCUGCAGGGUUGGGCCUUCAACUGAACUGACCAGACUCCCUGGAGUGAGGCCCCUGGGGGCUGAAGGCCAAGCUGGGGUUCUUGGUAGAGGGACCUUCAGGUGAUUGCUCCACACUUUUGGACCAGCAUGAUUGCGGGGUGCAGGAGAAAUUCAUCUUGGGGCCAUUUGCCUUCAGGAGACAAAGCGUGUUUGGGAUGGUCUCUGCCCAUCGUUUUCGGUUGACUUCUGUGGCCUAGAAAGAGUCUUUGCGGCUAGGGCCAGCCCACAGUGAAACCAGCAGCCUCUGAGGGUCUGCAGGUCACACAAUGGCUAAAAUAUGCUAUGUUAUGGGAACUACUCACUUCAGGUCAGGCUGGGCCACUAAUCGGGCCUGGUGGUUCAACCUCACUAAUCACUAGGAUGAGGGAAACUGAGGCAUGAGGCAGAUACCUGGGCUUGGAAAGGGAUCGGUUUAGCCCAAUCCCCUAGCCGCCUAGACCCCCACCCAAAGCCAUCAAGGUGUGCACUGGGCGGGAACCAAGCAGCAGCCUGGGGUGGAACACAGCCCAGACCCCUGCUGGGCUGCUGCUCCCUUCCCGUGUAGCAAGGAGCCCUCCUGCCUAGGAGCUAGUUCUCUGGAGGGUGCUAGGCCCAGAGUGGCCACAGUCAAGUGCUCCCACCCCACUGGCAUGGUUACGGGUCCUCAUGUAGGGAGGAGACCCAGGCCCCACCUCCUUUCCCAUCCCUCCCCUCUGGAUUUGUUACUGUUUUGCACUCUUAACACCUGCCAAUAAAGAUUGUCUACACUGA